GCAAAUAAUAUCUUCUUAACACUGUGCAGAAGUGCAAAGCUUCUCGGGGCACUUUAAUACUAUUAUGACUUAUCUUUUUGGACUGCUCAAUGACCUGGUUUGGCCUAAUUGUUCAGCCUAAUUGCUCUAAUUGCUUCCAGCUCAACUGAGAGGCACCACCCUUAACCCAAAAACAACUAGUUUUCCAGCAAGCACACCCCUUCUACGAGCACCCAACCUUCUCCCCAGAGUACACAGUGUCACUCCUCGUCAAACCAGGCCCUGGAUACCACUGCAACUCGUUGUGUGAGUGCAACCAGUGCCUGAAACCCCACCUUUUCCUCCCACACCAGCCAACCAGGGAGCUCCUCUGGUAUUUGAGGGUGGAAGGCCCUCCUCCCCUAUAAAAGUGGGUGGGUGGAAGGGUUUUGGGUGCAGAAGAUAACAUUAAGGGUGGGUAGUUUGGUUAGGGAGAGGGUGGAAAGGCUGUGGGAGAUGUUGGGAGGCAAACUAGGUGGGGAGAGGAGGGGCUAUGGAAGGUGUUGGUCUCUUCUUCUAAGUAAAAAGCAAUAGGACAAGAGGAAAUGGCCUCAAGUUGUGCCAGGGGAGGUUCAGAUUGGAUAUUAGGAACAAUUUCUUCAUGGAAAGGAUUGUUGAACAUUGGAACAGGCUGCCCAGGGAAGUGGUGGAGUCACCAUCCCUGGAGGAGUUUAAAAGAUGUGUAGAUGAGGUUCUUAAGGAUGUGGUUUAGUGGCAGUGUUGCAUUAAUGGUUGGACUCAAUGAUCUUGAGGGUCUCUUCCAACCAAAAUGAUCCCAUGAUAAGGAGGGCAAGGCUGUGUGGUCUCUUCCCCAGCUGCAAGCACCAGUCGAGGGCAUCAAGUGUGAGAAGGUCCUCAACAGCUGCCGGAGAUGCCGGAGGGUCCAUCGGUGAGGAAGUUCCAGCUGCUGACCUCCCCUUUUGUGGGACAAGUGGUGGCCAAGGUGGGGGGAAGCAGCCGGAAGAUCAAUGUGAAUGACCUGAAUGCCCUGAGGCUCCAGGACUCCCAGGUUCAUGGGAAGAACUUGUACUUGGCCUUUGUGACAGCUGAAGGUCCCUUGGGGCCAACUGCAGAAGACACAGUGCUGCAAAGAGAUGCUGCUGGAGGGGCGAGUUUUCCCUGGGGAGGGCAAGGACAGGUUUGUGCUCCACAGAUAUAUCCCCAGGAUGAGGAGCCGCAGGAACUCCUGCACUCCGUGUCUGAAGUCCCAGGUGCAGCAGGAGGUCCGGGCAGCUGGCUGCGCAUCCACUUCGGCUUGUUUGGUAGCGUUCGGGCAAAUGAAUUUUCAAGAGCAAACAAAAGCAAUAAGAGGGGGGACUGGAAGGACCCUACACCCAGGCUGGUCCUGCACUUUGAGAGCGGAGGCUUCCUUGUUUUCUACAACUGCCGAAUGCACUGGUGCUCCGCUCCAAGCGCUGAUCCUGCCUCUGACAUCCUGUCUGUGGAAUUCCACCGUGGCCGGGCGCUGGAUGCUCUCCGCACAUCCAAUCCCAUCUGCUACACCCUCUUAGACCAAAGAUAUUUUUCAGGGCUGGGGAACAUCAUUAAGAAUGAGGUCUUGUACCUGGCCAAGAUCCAUCCAUUAACACAAGGCUCUCUCUUGCCUCUCUCGGAUCUGGAGCAUCUGCUUGACUGUGCCAUUCGGUUCAGCUCAGACUGGCUGCACAGCAAGCUGCAGGGCAAAGGGCUGCACCCUCAGAUCUACCAGAAGGAGCAGUGUCCCCUUGGACACGCAGUGAUGAAGGGAACCUUUGGACCCUCAGGUAGCUACAAGAGACUUACAUGGUGGUGUCCUCAGUGCCAGCCUGUGGUACUGUCAGGGGAUGGGGAUCCUUCCCCAGUCACCGAGUGACCUGGCUUUGUGUCCCUGCUUUCCUGGACUUGUCUAGGUGGCCUCUGAACUACGUUCUUAGUUGCCCUGGAAAGGUCUUCAUGGUUUCUUUGAGGCUGUUGAGUUUGCUCCUUGAGGACAGCGAGUUGGCGGAGUUCAGUGCUCAGUGGAGGCUACAGGACUCACUGCAGUGCUGUGUGCCUCUGGAUGCAAAAAGGAAAGUGCUUGUACAUGUUACAUCUCAGGUUUUUUUUUGUCACAGUGACACAACAGUGUAAAUAGUUUGACCAUUUCCAGGGUGUUUUGGUCCCCCUGUUCUGACUGUGAGGAAGGGAAAAUGUACAGUGUUGAGAGGGCGAUCAUUGUGGUCUGAAGUGAUCCUGUCCCUUGAUGCCUUAUGGUGGAGUUAGUGGAGUAGGUGUAUUCCUCUGUCUAAACAGCUUGAUUGAGUAUUGGAUAAUUCUGCCUCUGCUUGUACCUGUGCGAUGGGCUGCAAUUAGGUGUAGUUAAAAGUGAGCGGCUGUUCCAUGUGUCAGAUCUCACAGGGACAGUUGCCUCCUUCUGAGGGGAGAAAAUCACCCUCAGCAGUUCUUGGUGGAGCUUGUUUCUGCCUGCCGGGCAUGGCGUCUGCACCCACAGGAUGGAUUUCUGUGGCAAACUGCCAAUUAAAAAAAAAAAAAAUAUAUAUAGUUCUUCUUUGACAGAUUAUAGGGGUGGCCCCUAAGGAAGGGACUGUGAGGCUCAGUCAAGUCACCAGUUGCAACUGGGUUCACAAGCCAGACAGAUCUGGGGGGUGUCUAACAAUGUUUGUGAUAAGGGGUUAUAUAAAACUCAUGAUCUCCAAGGUAACCUGAAAGUGCAAAGAUCUGGAAACGGAGAUGAUGUGGUCCCUCCUUUGUUGAUCUGUGUAUCUCUGUGCAGUAGCCAGAAGCUGUUGCUGUCCUGUGUCCCUGGGUCUGGGGCUACUUUAACAAUAGAUUGUUGAUUUGAACAAAAAAUAAAAGCUGGAGUUAGAACCAGUGAUGCUCAGCUUAAGUUCAGCGUGUCUUUUCUGGUAGGGUCUUGGUUAAAAACUGAGAUGUACAGGGAAACUC